CCGGAAUUUCUCGCGGCUGCCUGUUGGCCUAGCCGGGUCAUUGAGAAAACAAACAGCGAGGCACACCUGGCAGCGCCCGGGCGAGUUUAUUGUCAGCGACGCCGCGGCGCGCCCCGGGACGCCGGCGGAGCUGUCAAACGCCGCGGCCAGGCCUCGAAGUAGAGGAAAAGCUACAGUGGAAGAUGAGGACAGCAUGGAUGGGCUGGAGACAACAGAAACAGAAAAUAUUGUGGAAACAGCAGAAAUCAAAGAACAGUCUGCAGAAGAGGAUGCGGAAGUCGAAGUGGACAGUAGCAGACAGCCAGUCCCGGCCAUCCAGCGGUCAGUGUCUGAGGAAUCGGCGUGCUCCCUGGUCUCUGUUGGUGUAGAAGCCAGAAUCAGCGAACAGCUCUGCGCUUUCUGUUACUGUGGUGAGAAAAGCUCCUUAGGACAAGGAGACUUAAAACAAUUUGGAGUGACGCCUGGAUUCAUCCUGCCGUGGAAAAACCAACCUUCUAACAAGAAGGACAUUGAGGACAGCAGCAAUGGAACCUGUGAGAAAAUGCAAAACUCAGCAUCACGCAAACAGAGAGGACAGAGAAAAUCUCAGCAGAAUACAGUGUCCUGUGUAAGUGUAAGCACACAGACUGCCACCGAUGACCAGGCUGGUAAAUUAUGGGACGAGCUCAGCCUGGUUGGCCUUCCAGAUGCCGUUGACGUGCAAGCCUUAUUUGAUCCUACAGGCACUUGCUGGGCUCAUCACCGCUGUGUGGAGUGGUCACUGGGAGUGUGCCAGCUGGAAGAGCCUUUACUGGUGACCGUGGACAAAGCUGUUGUCUCAGGGAGCACAGAACGAUGUGCAUUUUGUAAGCACCUUGGAGCCACUAUCAAAUGCUGUGAAGAGAAAUGUACCCAGAUGUACCAUUACCCGUGUGCUGCUGGAGCCGGCACCUUUCAGGAUUUCAGUCACUUCUUCCUCCUGUGUCCAGAACACAUUGAUCAAGCUCCUGAAAGAUCAAAGGAAGAUGCAAACUGUGCAGUGUGCGACAGCCCGGGAGACCUCUUAGAUCAGUUCUUUUGUACUACUUGUGGUCAGCACUAUCAUGGAAUGUGCCUGGAUAUAGCGGUCACUCCAUUAAAACGUGCAGGGUGGCAAUGUCCCGAGUGCAAAGUGUGCCAGAACUGCAAACAAUCGGGAGAAGAUAGCAAGAUGCUAGUGUGUGAUACGUGUGACAAAGGGUAUCAUACUUUUUGUCUUCAACCAGUUAUGAAAUCAGUACCAACCAAUGGCUGGAAAUGCAAAAAUUGCAGAAUAUGUGUAGAGUGUGGGACACGAUGUAGUUCUCAGUGGCACCACAAUUGCCUGGUAUGUGACAGUUGUUACCAACAGCAGGAUAACUUAUGUCCUUUCUGUGGGAAGUGCUACCAUCCAGAAUUGCAGAAAGACAUGCUACAUUGUAAUAUGUGCAAAAGAUGGGUUCAUUUAGAAUGUGACAAACCAACGGAUCAUGAACUGGAUUCUCAGUUCAAAGAAGAGUACAUCUGCAUGUAUUGUAAACACUUACAAUAUCCGGCCGAGAUGCUGGAUCCAUUGCAGCCAGGUGAUGAAGUGGAAAUGGCCAUGUCUGAAGUCACUACAGAUUAUCACGAUGAAAUGGAAGUUGAAGGACCUGAAGGCCAUGUGGUAUUUCUGGAGCCAGCAGUUAAUAAAGAUGUCGGCAGUCAGGAGUCCACGCCUGGAAUUGUUCCAGAUGGUAAGAGUGUUUGCGAUCACGGAUAUAUGGAUGCAGUCUAUUUCCUGAAGGAAAUGUGUACAUACAUUCAGACCCUCACGAGGGAGCAGCCGAGGAGGGACCCACCAGAAAGGCUCGGCACACAGGGCCCCCUCACUCCUGAAUCAUCCCAAGAUAAAAUGAAUCCGGAAUUGGAAAAUCAGAUUGCUCCUGCAGUUGAUAAUGAAAAAAUGGAAACGUCAUCUAAAGUGAUGCAUGUUUGUGAUGAAGAUCAAAAUGAAAACAAAAUGGAAGUGACAGAAAACGUUGAAGUCCUUGCACACCAGAUCACCGUGCAAGAGGCAUUGCCGUUGUUCGAGGAACCUAAGAUGGCGACAUGCACAGAAGAAUCAAGGCCUCCCAAAGCAAUUGAAUCUGUCACUGUUUCACCAGAAACCUUAGUGCCCCCGUGUGAGGAAAGCACUUCUUUGUGUCCUAAAGAACAGUUGGCUCUAGAAAGGGUACAAGAAGAAAGGGAACACAAAGAGAAUCCUGAGCCGUCCUCUGCAUUUAUGGACUUUGAAAUGGCUCCUGCAGCUGGGAGUUGUGGGAAGGAUGGUUUUUGCCAGGACGGGUCUGUAAAACUACCCUCUGAGCUGGCGUCCUCGCUGUCAGCAGCAGGAGACAGAGGCAGGGCCACGGUGUCUUCCCCUCCACCACUUCCUUCUCACUUGCCUUCCCAUGACCUGCCGCACGGGUACCCCUCAGCUCUCAGUGCUGCCGUUGGAAACAGCAUGCCAACCACUUACAUCCCAGUCACUCCAAAAAUUGGCAUGGGGAAGCCCGCUAUCACCAAAAGGAAAUUUUCUCCUGGGAGGCCUCGGUCCAAACAGGGGGCUUGGAGUUCCCAUAACACAGUGAGCCCACCUUCCUGGUCCCCAGACGUUUCAGAAGGUCGGGACAUUUUUAAACCCAGGCAGCUUCCUGGCAGUGGCCUCUGGAGUAUCAAAGUGGGCCGUGGGUCAGGAUUCCCGGGAAAGCGGAGACCCCGAGGCGCAGGGCUGUCGGGACGCGGUGGCAGAGGCAGAUCGAAAUUGAAAAGCGGAAUCGGGGCAGUUGUGCUACCUGGGGUGUCUGCUGCUGAUAUUUCAUCAAAUAAGGAUGAAGAGGAAAACUCCAUGCACAACACAGUUGUGUUGUUUUCCAGCAGCGACAAGUUCACUCUGCACCAGGAUAUGUGUGUCGUCUGUGGCAGCUUCGGCCAAGGAGCAGAGGGAAGAUUGCUCGCCUGUUCACAGUGUGGGCAGUGCUACCAUCCAUACUGCGUCAGUAUUAAGAUCACUAAAGUGGUUCUUAGCAAAGGUUGGAGGUGUCUUGAGUGUACUGUGUGUGAGGCCUGUGGGAAGGCGACUGACCCAGGAAGACUGCUGCUGUGUGAUGAUUGUGACAUAAGUUACCACACCUACUGCCUAGACCCUCCAUUGCAGACAGUUCCCAAAGGAGGCUGGAAGUGCAAAUGGUGUGUUUGGUGCAGACACUGUGGAGCGACGUGUGCAGGCCUGAGAUGUGAAUGGCAAAACAAUUACACGCAGUGCGCCCCCUGUGCAAGCUUGUCUUCCUGCCCGGCCUGCCGUCGCAACUACAGAGAGGAAGACCUGAUUCUGCAGUGUAGACAAUGUGAUAGAUGGAUGCAUGCAGUUUGUCAAAACUUAAAUACCGAAGAGGAAGUGGAGAAUGUAGCCGACAUUGGUUUUGAUUGUAGCAUGUGCAGACCCUAUAUGCCUACGUCAAAUGUGCCUUCCUCAGACUGCUGUGACUCUUCACUUGUAGCACAGAUUGUCACAAAAGUGAAAGAGCUAGAUCCACCCAAGACCUACACCCAGGAUGGUGUGUGUUUGACCGAAUCAGGGAUGACUCAGUUACAGAGCCUCACAGCUACGGUUCCAAGAAGAAAACGGUCAAAACCAAAGUUGAAAUUGAAGAUUAUAAAUCAGAAUAGUGUGGCUGUCCUUCAGACCCCUCCAGACAUCCAGUCAGAGCAUUCAAGGGAUGGUGACAUGGAUGACAGUCGUGAAGGCGAACUUAUGGAUUGUGAUGGAAAAUCAGAAUCGAGUCCUGAACGGGAAGCUGUGGAUGAUGAAACCAAGGGAGCAGAAGGGACAGAGGGUGUCAAAAAGAGAAAAAGGAAACCGUACCGACCAGGUAUUGGUGGAUUUAUGGUACGGCAAAGAAGUCGAACCGGGCAAGGAAAAGCCAAAAGAUCUGUGAUCAGGAAAGAUUCCUCGGGCUCUAUUUCUGAGCAGUUAGCAAGCAGAGAUGAUGGCUGGAGUGAGCAGUUACCAGACACUCUAGUUGAUGAAUCUGUUUCUGUUACUGAAAACACCGAAAAAAUAAAGAAGAGAUACCGAAAAAGGAAAAAUAAGCUCGAAGAAACUUUCCCUGCCUAUUUACAAGAAGCUUUCUUUGGAAAAGAUCUUCUCGAUACCAGUAGACAAAACAAGCUAAGUUUAGAUAAUCUGUCAGAAGACGCAGCCCAGCUUUCAUAUAAAACAAACAUGAACACAAAUUUCCUGGAUCCUUCCUUAGACCCACUGCUUAGCGCAUCCUCCACGCCAGCAAAACCCGGAGCUCACGGUAGUGCUGAUGACGCCUUAGCUGAUAUUUCUGAAGUCUUAAACACAGAUGAUGACAUUCUUGGGAUAAUUUCAGAUGACCUUGCAAAAUCAGUUGAUCACUCAGGUCUUGAUUUAUGCACUUUCCAGGUUGAGAGCUCACCUUUUCCAUUUGCUGGACUAGACAUUGGCCCCGCCGCUGAUGACCCUUCCUCUCUGCCUCAGUCAAAUGUCAGUCAGAGUUCACGACCAUUAAGUGAAGAGCAACUCGAUGGAAUCCUCAGUCCUGAACUAGACAAAAUGGUCACAGAUGGUAAAAUAUUUGCCCUACAUCUAGGCUUUCUAAAAGACAUGAGAGCAAUUCUUGGGAAGUUAUAUAAAAUUCCAGAGCUAGGAGGCAAGGACGUGGAAGACUUGUUUACGGCUGUGCUCAGUCCUGCGUCCGCUCAGCCCACUCCAGUGCCGCCACCCCCCGCACCACCGCUGCUGCCCAUCCACAAUCAGGAUGUUUUUUCACGGAUGCCUCUCAUGAAUGGCCUUAUUGGACCCAGUCCUCACCUCCCACACAACUCUCUGCCUCCCGGAAGUGGGCUGGGCACGCUGUCUGCCAUGGCACAAUCCCCGUACGCUGAUGCCAGGGAUAAAAAUCCAGCAUUUAAUCCAAUGGCCAGUGACCCUCACGGCUCGUGGACACCAUCAGCCCCCCCUGUGGAAGGGGAAAGCGACACCAUGUCAAACGCCCAGAGAAGUGCGCUCAAGUGGGAGAAGGAGGAAGCUCUGGGGGAGACGGCGACGGUGGCCCCAGUUCUCUACACAAACAUGAACUUCCCCGGCCUGAAGGACGAAUUCCCUGACUGGACCACUAGAGUGAAGCAGAUCGCUAAGUUGUGGAGGAAAGCAAGCUCGCAAGAAAGAGCACCAUAUGUGCAAAAAGCCCGAGACAACAGGGCCGCUUUGCGCAUCAACAAAGUGCAGAUGUCCCACGACGCCGGGAGGAGGCAGCAGCAGGACAGCAGCGACCCUGGCUCCCGCGGGGACUCGGAGCUCUUCAAAGACCCGUUGAAGCAGCGGGAAUCGGAGCACGAGCAGGAGUGGAAGUUUAGACAGCAAAUGCGCCAGAAGAGUAAGCAGCAGGCAAAGAUCGAGGCCACGCAGAAGCUCGAGCAGGUCAAGAGCGAGCAGCAGCAGCAGCAGCAGCUGGGCUCGCAGCCUCUCCUGGUGCCGCCGGGCGAGCCCCCGAGCAGUGGCGGGCGCCGCCCCCUGACCCCUCAGCCGGGCAACGGCAGCCUGUCUCCUGCACAGCCAUUCCAUAAAGACCUGUUUACAAAGCAACUCCCCAGCGCCCCCACGUCUGCCACUGCAGAUGACGUGUUUGUGAAACCUCAGGCUCCGCCUCCUCCAGCCCCUCCCCGCAUCUCCCUGCAGGAGAGUCUGUCCCAGCCUCAGACCCCUCAGCCGCCUUCACCACAGGUGUUUUCACCUGGGUCUUCUAACUCCCGACCUCCAUCUCCCAUGGAUCCUUACGCAAAAAUGGUCGGUACCCCGAGACCACCUCCUGGGGGCCAUAGUUUUGCCAGAAGAACUUCUGUGGCCCUGGUGGAAGCCUGUGCCCCUUUGUCAUCGGUUCCCAGGCCCGCUCAGCUGAGUGACGCCCCGUCCAACAGGCCGCCUUCUGUCAGAGAUUCAUGUUCCCCCGCGACACUCAGCGACCCCUAUGCAAAGCCCCCAGACACACCCCGGCCUGUGAUGACGGAGCAGUUCCCCAAACCCUCGGGCAUACCCCGGUCUCCUCUAGUUUCUGAACAAACUGCAAAAGGUCCUCUAGCAGCUGGAACCAAUGAUCACUUUACUAAACCAUGUUCUAGGGCAGAUGUAUUUCACAGACAGCGGAUCCAUGACCCCUACACACGGCCCUUGCUGACACCUGCACCUCUUGAGAGUGGUCCUGGACCCUUUAAGACUCCAAUGCAGCCACCUCCAUCCUCCCAGGAUCCUUAUGGACCAGCAUCGCAGGCACCAAGGCGACUGUCGGUUGACCCUUAUGAAAGGCCUGCUUUGACACCAAGACCCGUAGAUAAUUUUUCUCAUAACCAGUCAAGUGAUCCAUAUAGCCAGCCUCCCCUCACCCCACACCCGGCAAUGAAUGAACCAUUUGCCCAUCCGUCAAGGGCGUUUCCCCAGCCUGGUGCCGUCACAAGGCCAGCGUCUCAGGAUCCGUAUUCACAACCCCCGGGAACGCCACGACCUGUUGUGGAUUCUUAUUCCCAGCCCUCAGGAACGUCUCGCUCCAACGCAGACCCUUAUUCUCAGCCUCCUGGAACUCCCCGGCCACCCACGAUUGAUCCAUAUAGUCAGCAGCCACCAACCCCAAGGCCAUCUACACAAGCCGACUUGUUUGUGACAUCUGCAUCCAGUCAGAGGCAUGCUGGUCCCUAUGCUCAUCCUCCCGGAACCCCAAGACCUGGGAUUUCUGUUCCUUACUCUCAGCCACCAGCAACACCAAGGCCAAGGAUUUCGGAGGGUUUUACUCGGUCCUCAGUGACAAGGCCCAUCCUCUUGGCAAACCAGGAUCCUUUCCUGCAGGCAGCACAAAAUCGAGGAGCAGCUUUAGCUGGCCCUUUGGUGAGGCCACCUGACGCGUGCUCCCAAACUCCUAGGCCCCCGGGACCUGGCCUUCCAGACACCUUUAGCCGCGUUUCCCCUUCUGCUGCUCACGACCCCUACGAUCAGCCUCCAAUGACCCCAAGACCUCAGUCUGAUGCUUUUGCAACAAGUGAUGUUGCUGAUCAGCCCCGGCCUGGGUCUGGGGGGACCCUCAGCGCUCCAUCAAACUCUCCAAUGAGUUCUCAAGGCCAGCAGUUUUCCAGUGUCACCCAGCCCCCUGGGCCUGUACCAACAUCAGGGGUGACCGAUACACAGAACACUGUCAAUAUGACGCCUGCGGAAACAGAGAAACUGAGACAGCGGCAGAAGUUACGGGAGAUCAUCUUGCAGCAGCAGCAGCAGAAGAAGAUGGCGGGUCGGCAGGAGAAAGGGGGGUCGCAGGAGCCGGCCGCUGGGCCCCACCCCGGCCCCCUGCAGCACUGGCAGCCUGAGAGUAUCAGCCAGGCGUUCGCUCGGCCUCCACCCCCUUAUCCCGGGGGCAUCAGGUCGUCUGUGGUCCCUCCCUUAGGACCUCGGUACUCUGUGUUCCCCAAAGAUCUGCGUGGACCCUAUGCCCCUGAUGGCCCUGGUAUGGGGAUGAGACCACAUGGAUUUAGAUUUGCGUUUCCAGGAGGCAGCCCCGGCGCCCUGUCGGGUCAGGAGCGCUACCUCGUGCCUCCUCAGCCGAUGCCGGGGGCCGGAGUUCCCCCACAGCUCAGAAGGUCCGUGUCUGUAGAUAUGCCCAGGCCCUUAAACAACUCACAGAUGACCAGUCCGGUUGGGCUGGCUCAGCAUUUUCCUCCGCAGAGCCUGCCCGUUCAGCAGCAUAACAUACUGGGUCAAGCGUUUAUUGAGCUGAGGCAUAGGGCCCCCGACGGACGACCACGGCUGCCCUUCAUUGCUCCUCCUGGGAAUGUUAUUGAGGCACCUUCUCAUCCACGACAUGGAAACUUCAUUCCCCGGCCAGACUUUCCAGGCCCUAGACACACGGACCCCAUGAGACGACCUUCCCAGGGUCUACCUAAUCAGCUACCUGGGCACCCACAUUUGGAGCAGGUGCCACCAUCUCAGCAAGAGCAAGGUCACCCUGUCCAAGCUUCUUUGGUCAUGCGGUCCCUGAGUCACCCCUUAGGUGGUGAAUUUUCAGAGACCCCUUUGUCAACAUCUGCACCAGCUCAAACAUCACCUGAUAAUUUGCAGGUGCCCCCCCAGUCUUCUGACGGCCUCGAAGAGAAACUUAUUUCUGAUGACCCAUCUGUAAAGGAACUAGAUGUUAAAGACCUUGAAGGGGUUGAAGUCAAAGACUUGGAUGAUGAAGAUCUUGAAAAUUUAAAUCUAGAUGCAGAGGACGGCAAGGGGGACGAACUGGACACUUUAGGUAAUUUGGAAGCGAAUGAUCCCAACCUGGAUGACCUCUUGAGGUCAGGAGAAUUUGAUAUCAUUGCAUAUACAGACCCAGAACUUGACCUAGGAGAUAAGAAAAGCAUGUUUAAUGAGGAACUAGACCUCAAUGUCCCAAUUGAUGAUAAGUUAGAUAACCAAUGUGUGUCUAUUGAACCCAAAAAAAGGGAGCAAGAAGAUAAGACUGUGGUUCCUUCUGAUAAACAUUCUCCAUGGAAAAAAUCCACUGAUACCAGUGAGAUAAAGACAGAAGUUCUGUCUCCAAAUUCUAAAGGGGAAACCAAAUGUGAAGGUGAGAAAAGUGAUGAGGGUCAAGACCACAGCGACACUCCCUGCUCCCAGGCCUCUUCCCACACAGACGGAAAUCAGGGAGAAAAGGCUUCCUCGCAGCCCUGUGGUCCAGAUGUACUGGACAAAAGAGCCAGUGGAGAAAGUGCUGGCUGCAGCAGCACCGGUAGUCAUGGACCCACCCAGCUGCCUGCUGAAGAUGGAAUGAACUCUUGUGGCAUAACGGGGUCAACGCCAGUUCUUUCAAGUUUACUUGCUAAUGAAAAACCUGAUAAUUCAGACAUGAGGCCAUUGGGGUCUCCGCCACCCAGUGUGCCAGCCUCACCAUCCGGGCACGUGUCAAGCCUGCCUCCUCCCCUGAUGACGCCGCCAGGCCAUGUUUUGGAUAAUACCAUGAAUUCGAAUGUGACAGUAGUCUCGAGAGUCAACCAUGCUUUUCCUCAGGGUGUUCAAGUAAAUCCAGGAUUCAUUCAGGGUCAGCCAGCGGUGAGUCACGGUUUCGGGACAGGAAAACCUGCACAUCAAACUGUGCCUCUGACAAGUCAGUCUGGUCCCAGUGGCCUGUCUGGACCCCACCAGCUGAUGGUCCCUCCGGCGUUGGCCCAGCAGAGUAGAGAGAGGCCCCUCCUCCUGGAAGAGCAGCCUCUGCUUCUGCAGGACCUCCUGGAUCAGGAGAGGCAGGAACAGCAGCAGCAGAGACAGAUGCAAGCCAUGAUUCGUCAGCGCUCGGAGCCCUUCUUUCCGAACAUCGAUUUUGAUGCAAUUACAGAUCCGAUAAUGAAAGCCAAAAUGGUGGCCCUUAAAGGCAUAAAUAAAGUGAUGGCACAGAACAACAUGGGCAUGCCACCCAUGGUUAUGAACAGGUUCCCCUUUAUGGGCCCGCCGGUGACGGGGACACAGACGGGCGAGGGCCAGAACCUGCUGCCCCAGGCAGUCCCUCAGGAUGGCAGUAUAACACAUCAGAUUUCUAGGCCUAAUCCUCCAAAUUUUGGUCCAGGCUUUGUCAAUGAUUCACAACGGAAGCAGUAUGAAGAGUGGCUGCAGGAGACCCAGCAGCUUCUUCAGAUGCAGCAGAAAUACCUUGAAGAGCAAAUCGGCGCCCACAGGAAGUCCAAGAAGGCCCUGUCGGCCAAACAGCGCACCGCCAAGAAAGCGGGCCGCGAGUUUCCCGAGGAGGACGCAGAGCAGCUCAAGCACGUCACGGAGCAGCAGAGCAUGGUGCAGAGGCAGCUGGAGCAGAUCCGGAAGCAGCAGAAGGAGCACGCGGAGCUGAUCGAGGAUUACCGGAUCAAGCAGCAGCAGCAGUGCGCCAUGGCCCCGCCCGCCGGGCUCCCAGGCGUCCAGUCCCAGCCACCCCUUGUUCCUGGUGCCACCCCACCCGCCACGGGCCAGCCCAGCUUCACCAUGGGGCCGCAGCAGCUGCAGCAGCACGCACCGGUCCUGUCCGGCCACACCAGCCCUGCCCGGAUGCCCAGCUUGACCGGGUGGCAGCCUCCCAGUGCCCCUGCUCACCUUCCUCUCAGUGCGCCAAGGGUUCCGCCUCCAGUUGCCCAGCUACCAAUAAAAACUUGCGCACCAGCCCCAGGGCCCGUGUCAAACGCGAGUGCCCAGAGUGGACCACCCCCACGGGUAGAAUUCGAUGACAAUAAUCCCUUCAGUGAAAGUUUUCAGGAACGGGAACGGAAGGAGCGUUUACGAGAGCAGCAGGAAAGACAGCGAAUCCAGCUGAUGCAGGAAGUAGACAGACAGAGGGCUUUGCAGCAGAGGAUGGAGAGGGGGCAGCACGGCCUGCUGGGCUCAGAGUCCAGGGGCAGGAAUCAGUUCUAUGGCUCUGACUUACCCUGUGACUUCAUGCAGCCCCCGAGGGCCCUGCCGCCGUCGCCACAGCACCAGCAGCAAGGCCGAGCGGCCAUACAGCUGCAUGCCUUGCACCUACCGUGUGUCAACUCCCCCCCUACCCAAGCGUUCCUGCCGAGCAGUGAGCAGAGGCAGGUCGCCCCCCCUACAUUUGUCCCUGAUGCGCUAGUAGUCUCUGGUGACAGCCCAAAUUUCCCUUCUGCCAAGCAGGUGCAUGGAGGCCUGUCUGUGGCCAGCUUUCCCCAGUCCCCGGCGAGGCCCCCUUUCACACCUGUUUUACCUGCAGCAGCUCCAGGAGCCAGCAGCAGUGUCCCAUGUGCCCAAGACCCUGCUGUCACCCACGGACAGAGUUACCCUGGGUCGACCCAGUCUCUCAUUCAGCUGUAUUCUGAUAUAAUCCCAGAAGAAAAAGGGAAAAAGAAAAGAACACGAAAGAAGAAGAAAGAUGAAGAUGCAGAAUCCACCAAGGCACCGUCCACUCCCCACUCGGAUAUAACUGCCCCCCCGACUCCGAGUGUCUCAGAAACUACCUCCACUCCCCCAGGGCACACUCCCAGCGAGCCUCCCCAGCAAGUGGAGCCCGAGUCGGGGGAACCGGCCGGGCCGGCAGCUCCCGGCGCGGCCACAGCCCAGCUGUGCACAGAACUAGAAAACAAAGUGCCGGACACCGAGUUCUCGCAAGGAGCUGCUCCCCAGCAGACUCUUGCCAGAGCAGACGUGGACAGGCUGCCCUCGGAGACCCCGGCCACCGCCGACGAGGCCCAGCUGGAGACGGCCGGUCCCGAGCAGGGCCCUGGCCAAGAGGGGCCUCAGUUAGAGGGACACACGGGGAACAAGGCCGCAGAAGACGCUGGGGCUGGUCCCGUGUCCUCGGGGCAGAGCCCUCCCCAUCCCGCUGGGGCCCCUGCCGCCAAAGGGGACUCCGGCAACGAGCUUCUGAAGCACCUGCUGAAAAACAAGAAGGCGGCGGCCCUUUUAGCCCAGAAACCGGAAGGCCCUUUGGGCUCAGAAGGCGACUGGACAAAGGACAGCAGAGCCGCCGAGAGGCAGCCCCCAGCUGAAGGACUGCAAACUUUGGGGGCUCAAACGCAAGGUGCUUUUGGAUGUGGCAACAGCCAGUUGCCCAAAGCAGAUGGAGGGGAAACCAAGAAGCAGAGAAGCAAACGGACUCAGAGGACUGGGGAGAAGGCAGCACCUCGUUCAAAGAAAAGGAGAAAGGAUGAAGAGGAGAAACAAGCUAUGUACUCGGCCUCGGACACCUUUACCCACCUAAAACAGCAGCUCUCUCUGCUCCCUCUAAUGGAACCAAUUAUUGGAGUGAACUUUGCGCACUUUCUUCCUUAUGGCAGUGGCCAAUUUAAUAGUGGGAAUCGACUUCUAGGAGCUUUUGGCAGUGCUGCCCUUGACGGGGUUUCGGAUUACUAUUCUCAGUUGAUCUACAAGCAGAAUAAUUUAAGUAAUCCUCCAACACCCCCUGCCUCUCUUCCUCCUACACCACCUCCUCUGGCUUGUCAGAAGAUGGCAAAUGGCUUUGCGACAACUGAAGAACUUGCUGGAAAAGCUGGCGUGUUAGUGAGCCAUGAAGUGACCAAAAGUCUAGGACCUAAGCCAUUUCAGCUGCCGUUCAGACCACAAGACGACUUGUUAGCCAGGGCGAUCGCUCAAGGCCCAAAGACGGUGGAUGUGCCAGCCUCCCUCCCCACACCGCCGCACAACAAUCAGGAAGAGUUACGGAUGCAGGACCAUGGUGGUGAUCGGGACACUCCUGACAGCUUCGUUCCCUCAUCCUCUCCUGAGAGUGUGGUUGCUGUGGAAGUGAGCAGAUACCCAGAUCUGUCCCUGGUCAAGGAGGAGCCACCAGAGCCAGUGCCGUCGCCCAUCAUUCCAAUUCUGCCCAGCACUGUGGGGAAAGGUUCAGAAUCUAGACGGAAUGACAUCAAAACUGAACCAGGCACUUUAUUUUUCACACCGCCUUUUGGUUCUUCCCCAAAUGGCCCCAGAUCGGGUCUUAUAUCUGUGGCGAUUACUCUGCAUCCGACAGCUGCCGAGAACAUCAGCAGUGUCGUGGCUGCGUUCUCCGACCUCCUUCACGUCCGGAUCCCUAACAGCUAUGAGGUUAGCAGUGCCCCGGAGAUGCCAUCUGUGGGUUUGCUCAGUGGCCACCGGGUCAACCCAGCUUUGGAGUAUCGACAGCAUUUAUUUCUUCGCGGGCCUCCCCCGGCAUCUGCAAACCCUCCCCGAUUAGCCAGUUCUUACCGGCUGAAGCCGCCUAACAUCCCAUUUCCUCCAACAAGCAAUGGUCUCGCUGGUUACAAGGAUACUCGCCACGCCGUUGGAGAAAGCACGGCGCUGCGGACGCAGUGGUGUUGCCACUGCAAAGUGGUUAUUCUCGGGAGCGGCGUGCGGAAGUCAGGCCGGGAGCUGGCCUGCGUGAGCAAGGAUUUCCGAGAAAGCGCCAAUAGAAUGGAGAAGGAUAUUGUCUUUUGUAGUAAUAACUGCUUUAUUCUUUAUUCGUCGACCGCACAAGCCAAAAACUCAGAAAGCAAGGAGGCCAUUCCUUCGUUGCCACAGUCACCUGUAAAAGACACGCCUUCCAAGGCUUCGCACCAGUACAGCACCAACAUCUCCACGUUCGAUGUGCACUGUCUCCCGCAGCUGCAGGAGAAAGCCUCCCCCCCAGCGUCCCCGCCCAUAACUUUCCCUCCUGCUUUCGAAGCAGCCAAAGUAGAGGCAAAGCCAGAUGAGCUUAAGGUCACGGUCAAGUUAAAGCCGCGGCUGAGAACUGUCCAUGGUGCGUUUGAAGAUUGUAGGCCGAUAAAUAAAAAGUGGAGAGGAAUGAAAUGGAAGAAAUGGAGCAUUCAUAUUGUAAUCCCCAAGGGGACCUUCAAGCCGCCCUGUGAGGACGAAAUAGAUGAAUUUCUGAAGAAACUGGGCACUUCCCUUAAACCUGAUCCUGUGCCCAAAGACUAUCGGAAGUGUUGUUUCUGUCACGAGGAAGGAGACGGCUUGACAGAUGGCCCGGCGAGGCUGCUCAACCUCGACCUGGACCUAUGGGUCCACUUGAAUUGCGCUCUGUGGUCCACAGAGGUCUAUGAGACCCAGGCUGGUGCCUUAAUCAACGUGGAACUGGCACUGAGGCGGGGCCUGCAAAUGAAAUGUGUUUUCUGUCACAAAAUGGGUGCCACCAGUGGAUGUCACCGAUUUCGGUGCACCAACAUUUAUCACUUCACCUGCGCCAUUAAAGCACAAUGCAUGUUUUUUAAGGACAAAACCAUGCUUUGUCCCAUGCACAGACCAAAGGGAUCCCACGAGCACGAGCUGAGCUACUUCGCGGUCUUUAGGAGGGUGUACGUGCAGCGAGACGAGGUCCGGCAGAUCGCCAGCAUCGUGCAGCGCGGGGAGCGCGACCACACCUUCCGGGUGGGCAGCCUCAUCUUCCACGCCAUCGGCCAGCUGCUCCCCCAGCAGAUGCAGGCCUUCCACUCCCCGAAAGCGCUGUUCCCCGUGGGCUACGAAGCCAGUCGGCUGUACUGGAGCACGCGCUACGCCAACCGGCGCUGCCGUUACCUGUGCUCCAUUGAGGAGAAGGACGGGCGCCCGGUGUUCGUCAUCAGGAUCGUGGAGCAGGGCCACGACGACCUGGUCCUUAGUGACGCGUCCCCCAAAGGUGUUUGGGAUAAAAUUUUGGAGCCUGUGGCAAGUGUGAGAAAGAAAUCUGAAAUGCUCCAGCUUUUCCCGGUGUAUUUGAAAGGAGAAGACCUGUUUGGCUUGACGGUGUCCGCGGUGGCUCGGAUUGCGGAAUCACUGCCAGGGGUUGAGGCGUGUGAAAACUACACCUUCCGCUACGGCCGAAACCCUCUGAUGGAGCUUCCUCUGGCCGUCAACCCCACAGGCUGUGCCCGCGCUGAACCUAAAAUGAGUGCCCAUGUCAAGAGGUUUGUGUUAAGGCCUCACACCUUGAACAGCACCAGCACCUCCAAGUCAUUUCAGAGCACGGUCACUGGCGAGCUGAACGCCCCCUACAGCAAGCAGUUCGUCCACUCCAAGUCGUCCCAGUACCGGAAGAUGAAGACGGAAUGGAAGUCCAACGUGUACCUGGCGCGGUCCCGGAUUCAGGGACUGGGCCUGUAUGCUGCUAGAGACAUUGAGAAGCACACCAUGGUCAUUGAAUAUAUUGGGACCAUCAUUCGAAAUGAAGUAGCAAACAGAAAAGAGAAACUUUAUGAGUCUCAGAACCGUGGCGUGUACAUGUUCCGCAUGGACAAUGACCACGUGAUCGAUGCGACACUCACAGGAGGGCCUGCAAGAUAUAUCAACCAUUCCUGUGCCCCUAACUGUGUGGCUGAAGUGGUGACUUUUGAGAGAGGACACAAAAUUAUCAUCAGCUCCAAUCGGAGAAUCCAGAAGGGAGAAGAGCUCUGCUACGACUAUAAGUUUGACUUUGAAGAUGACCAGCACAAGAUCCCCUGUCACUGUGGAGCCGUCAACUGCCGGAAGUGGAUGAACUG